AUGGCUGAGCCACAGGGCCAAGAGCUCACAGCUGAGUGCCCUGUCUGCUGGAAUCCCUUCAACAACACGUUCCACACUCCCAAAGUGCUAGACUGCUGUCACUCCUGCUGCGUGGGAUGCCUGGUCCACCUCAGCCUGGUAGCUCCAGCCAGGCACUGCUUGCUCUGCCCACUCUGCCGUCAGCCCACCAUGCUGGCUUCAGGGCAACCAGUCACUGACUUGCCUACAGACACUGCCAUGUUGACCCUGCUCUGCCUAGAACCCCACCACAUCAUCCUCGAGGGCCACCAGCUCUGUCUCAAGGACCAACCCAAGAGCCGUUACUUACUGCGUCAGCCUCGGGUCUAUACCCUGGACCUUGGCCUGGAACAUGGGAGUCAGACUGAAGCCCCUCAGAACACAGUGCCUGACACCAGACCCAUGCCCAUCCCCAGCCACUACUCUCUCAGAGAUACCCGCAACCCUCCCUUCCGGACCUUUGUCUACCUGAUGGCUGUCAUCCUCAGUGGUAUCCUACUGCUCAUCCUCUCCAUCUUUUGGGGUAUGGGGUGA